GAGGCGGCCGCGCGAACUGCAGACGGAGCAGACGCGAGGCGCGCGGCUGCCGGCGAGCGCCCCGGGUCCCCCGAGCCCCGCGCGCCAUGGUGGGCGCCGGGCUAGUCCGCAGCCCCGCGGCCGCCGGCUAGCCGGGCGGGGCGGCCGCCGCUGCCUCACUCUUUCCCGCCGCGUCCAGGACCUCUGCGCCGCCGGGAGGAGGAUGAGUCCCUGGGGCUGGCUCCUGCUGCCGACCCUCUGCGUCCUGCGCGCGGGCGCAGCCCCGCCGCGCGGCGCGCCAGCCUCAGCCAACUGCGAGCUCAAGCCCCAGCAGAGUGAAUUGAAUUCCUUCCUGUGGACCAUAAAGCGAGACCCGCCAUCUUACUUCUUUGGCACGAUCCAUGUUCCAUACACCCGAGUUUGGGACUUUAUCCCCGACAACUCCAAGGAGGCUUUUCAGCAGAGCAGCAUCGUGUACUUUGAGCUGGACCUCACAGACCCCUACACUGUAUCGGCCCUCACCAGCUGUCAGAUGCUGCCGCAGGGCGAGAACCUCCAGGACGUGCUCCCCAGAGACAUCUACUGCCGCCUCAAGCGCCACCUCGAGUACGUCAAGCUCAUGAUGCCCUCGUGGAUGACCCCAGACCAGCGUGGCAAGGGGCUCUAUGCGGACUACCUCUUCAACGCCAUCGCGGGGAACUGGGAGCGGAAGCGGCCCGUCUGGGUUAUGCUCAUGGUCAACUCCCUGACCGAAGUGGACAUUAAGUCCCGCGGGGUGCCUGUCUUAGACCUGUACCUUGCCCAGGAGGCCGAGCGGCUGAGGAAACAGACUGGGGCCGUGGAAAAGGUGGAAGAGCAGUGCCAUCCACUGAAUGGGCUGAACUUUUCACAGGUCAUCUUUGCUUUGAACCAGACCCUCCUGCAGCAGGAGAGCCUUCGAGCAGGCAGCCUUCAGAUCCCUUACACUACGGAGGAUCUCAUCAAACACUAUAACUGUGGGGACCUCAGCUCCGUCAUCUUCAGCCAUGACAGCUCCCAGGCGGAGGUUCCCAAUUUCAUUAACACCACGCUGCCGCCGCAGGAGCGCAUCACAGCCCAGGAGAUCGACAGCUACUUCCGCCAGGAGCUCAUCUACAAACGGAAUGAGAGAAUGGGGAAGCGGGUGAAGGCCCUUUUGGAAGAGUUUCCGGACAAAGGCUUUUUCUUUGCCUUUGGGGCUGGUCAUUUCAUGGGCAACAAUACAGUGCUUGAUGUCUUGCGGCGCGAAGGCUAUGAGGUAGAACACGCCCCUGCUGGACGACCCAUCAACAAAGAGAAGAGUAAAAGUCCCUCGUCCGGACCCGCCUCCUCUGCCAUCUUUGCUCCGGAAGUGCCCGCUGCGGAAGCGCGGGUACCGGAAGCUGGGUCCGCGGUGCGCUCGCUGUGGCCUCCCCACGUGUCCCCGCCCGGCAGUGCCCACCUGGGAGUCGCAGCGGAGGGGAAGUUUCGGAAAAAACGGAGGCGGCAGCGGCCACACCGAAAGCAGCGGCUCCGGCAGUUCAGCGAUCUGUGGGUCCGACUGGAGGAGAGCGCUGAGGUCCCACAGCUCCAGGGCCCCGUUCUGGAUAGGCACAUCUCUGCCGAGCUGCAGCUCCCUCGCCAUGGGCAUUCCCACCACAGCCAGAUGGUGGCCAGCAGUGCCUGUCUGUCUCUCUGGACGCCUGUGUUCUGGGUGCUGGUGCUGGCUUUCCAAACAGAGACACCCCUCCUGUAGUGACUGGAGGAGCCAGGCCAGGCCCCUGACCCCUUGGACUUGAAGGAUGGCCAUUCCUGUACUCCACACUCUGUUCUGGCCUUGAUGGGCCCAACCCAGGAGAAGAGAGAGAAUAAAAGUCAAUGUUGAUUCUUCUCUUUCCAAGGAAUCACUCUGGGUUAUCCAGCAGUGCUGGGGGUAGGUAACAUAAUGACUUGUAUGAAAAUAAUGUAAAUGAAUUAUAUGGAGAUAAUACUUUUUCUUUGUAGACUUUUUCCCCACAGUGUGUAUAUGUUCUGCAAAAACUCUUGCGCACACCUUCUGAAUAUUAUCCCUGCUUUACUCCUGGGCCCUACCUGCCAGUUCGGAUCCUGACCCUUUUCCCUCCUGCUGCUCCUCUUCCUACCAGUUCUGGAAUCAGGGGGUCAGUAGGCCAUAGGAGCUUUGCUUUGUUUCCUGUGUUCUGACAAGUGCUUUCAUCAUGGAUGUGAGUAUCUCACCACCAUGCUGAAGACUGGACGAAGGGGUAGGCUCUGACAGAGGCGCUGUGUGAGAAAGUGGUUUUCAAAUGCUCCCUCUUCUUGUCUUGUUAUUUAUUUAUAUGCCAAUGCCUUUAUAAAUAAAAUCUUAUGGGGGAGUCCUUGUAAAAUCA